CAACACUGUUUUAAGAAACGUUUACCAUCACCCUCUUUCUUUGGAGCCGCAGAUAUUUACUUUUUUGUUUUCCCCAAAUGAUGUUUACGUUUUCCUGAAAAAAAAUUAGCUUGUUCCUAAAGUCAGUUUACAUUGAAGAACUCCAAGCGGUAACCAAGUGCCGCAAGACUCACUUCUUUUCAAUGGGAGUUACUUUCACUUGAACUGCAAAGCGCCUUAAAAUGUCGUCUCUUGGGCUGAGCCAACAACAACGGAAUCACCUGGCCCUGCUCCAAAGGCCUGCUAGUGAUGUCGUUGAGCUCUGUAAGUCCGCCUUUGAUUAUCUGAUAAAUGGCCCUAACCUGAACCGCUACGAGGCACUGGCUAUAAAGUACACUGACACGGGGGACCCGGAGCCUGUGCAGCAUGCUGUGGAGGCUUUAAUAUCCCUUCUUAUCAGCGUCACCACUCGAGUCAGUAGCAGUUCCGUCAAUCUGCAGACUGUUCUGCGCCAAACAUUCCCCGAUCUCGACGAUGAAGUGCUGGAUGUUCUGGAGCAGUUCGUGACCAGCAAGCGUAAUUUUGUGGAGGGCUCAAUAAAGUCGGCCAACAUUCGUGCCUAUAGGUUAGUUAACCUUGACUGGCGACUCGAAGUGCGCACAGCUUCCCGGAGCCUGCUGGAUCAAUGCAAUGUCACCGUGACAAUGAAGCUUUAUCUUCAUACCGAACCAAAAAACGAGAACCGAGAGCUUCUCGAGGUGGAUGCUACAGGACGCAGUGAAGAAGAGCUGGCUGCCAUGCACGAGGAUGAGCGGCGGCACCGAAAGGAUAUGUUGGUGCAAACCGAUGUGAGCAGCCUGUUGUACAUGAUCAAAACCCUGGAGGACGCACUAGCCGAGUCUAAGACACGGCGCAUCCGAAACAUUGUGGAUGGCAUACAUUAGUGACUCCAGAACUCGCAUAGUUUUUAACGCUACUUUAAUCUGGACCAAUUUAUUAUAUCUAAUGCUAACUAUAAAAAGAAA